UUCAGUGUUACAACAACUUUCGUAUAACUUACACGCAUUUUUAGAUAAUAAUUUAAUUAAAUAAUUAAUUUAUUGUAUUUAAACAUGAAUAGUAUAAUAUUUUGUGUGCUGGCUGCGUGCUUUUAUAAUGUUUUUGCGGAUGUCUGCAAACCGACCGAGAGGAUACCAGACCCAAAAUCCAGCUGUUGCGGUCUUCACUUGGCCACAGCGCAUAUAAAAGACAAGGGUGACGCAGCACUAAACCAAUACCCAUGGCUGGCGCUCAUAGAAGACUCCAAAGGCAGAAUAACAUGCACCGGAGCUCUCAUCACGUCGAGAUAUGUACUGACAGCCGCUCAGUGUGGGAUACAGGGAGAACCAAUAAGCGUCCGCCUCGGUGAAUACAACAAAACGAACACCGAACUGGACUGCCUGAUGGUGAACGGCGCUAAGAAGUGCGCAGACCGAGUCAUCACCAUACCGAUAGAGUCGAUGAAACCCCACCCCGAGUUCACGAGACAGAAUCUGCGAGUAAACGACAUCGCUUUGAUUAGGUUGAGGAAAGCAGUUCCUUAUACCGAAUACAUCCGACCAAUCUGCCUGCCCAGCAUCGACAUGAACCUCUCCACGCUCAAGAACCUCAACUUCAUCAUCGCUGGAUGGGGCAGCAAACCUUCGAGCCUACAGGAAGAUGACGUCGUCAAACACUUCGUGGAAGUCCCUUAUGUGCCAUUAGAGCAAUGCAAAGCCGCCUACGAGAAGUACAACCCUGGCCACUUCGCGAUCAGCGACUACCAGAUAUGCGCGGGCGGCGUCCAGGACCGCGACUCGUGCCGCGGUGACGGCGGCGGGCCCCUCAUGUACGAACUGGAGGGAAGACAUACCGCUGUAGGCAUCGUCAGCUUUGGCCCUAAACAGUGUGGAACAGAUGGCAUCCCUAGCGUAUACACUAACGUUUAUAAGUACAUGCCUUGGAUAAAGAGUACCAUCCGACCGUAUUAAAUAAGCUCGCCUGUAUCUAGUUUUAAGUUAGGUUAAGCAUAUUUUUUAAUAAAGCACUGAUAUGAUU